ACAAAGAAAGCGUUGCUAACCACACCGAAUCUCAGCCGGCUGUUCGAAGUUUAGUCGAAUUAACUGUGAUUCAGGCCAGGAACUCCUCGUCGAGCUCCACUAACUUCAGUUCGUAGUAGAACGCAGCGGAGACCGCACAAAGAUGACAGACCCUCGCAUCCGGCAGCUGGUAAUUAAGUCCGGAGUGGUCAGGCGGUUGACCAGGGAGAAGUACUGCUACGCCAAGGAAGUGGUGACCGAGCAGGCGAGAAUGGAGAAGCUCAGGGGCGACGGAGCGGAUGACCACGUACUGCGCAAGCAGGAGGAGGUCAUCCAGGAGUGCAUCAUGAUGGUGCCCGACUCCAAGAGAAGACUGCAAAAGGAGUACGAGGUUCUGGAGAAGUACCUCGCCGAUGAGCAGGACCUCCAGGAGACAGAGGCAUAUACAAAGGCAGCGGAGGUUCUUAAAGCAGCGAAAGCUGAACUGGAGGCCUAAGACUACCCCAACACCUCAUUCACUGCCCCUUAAUGUCAGCAUUAUUGCAAAUUCCUGAAGGCAAUUCCAUCUUUAAGUUCUGAGCUGCAGUGCGGCUUGGAUCCCUAUUAUUAUUAUUAAGCUAAUACUCUCCUCUCUGGUUUUGAUUUAAAAUAAAUAACAUUAUAUUUUUUGUA